AUGGUGGCGGUUCGGAUGAGUGUGGGGCCCAGCGCAGAGAUGGUAGUGCACGUCGCGCACAGCACGAAGGUGUUACAUAACACCAACAUCUCGACUACGGCUUUGACAGCCACCGCCACCAACUGUGCCUCCGUGAUCGACCUUACCGACGAAGUGGGUGGAGUCCCUCUCCUUACCAAUACAAACGCUGAACCAGACGUGGGGAUCCCAACAUCGCAACAACACGAGGCACAGCAACGAAGAACGAAACCAAAAAAUAACCCUUGGCCAACGGGAAAGUCGCGGAGAAAGUCUGAUAGAAAGAAGCGCAAGACGGUGAUCGAUGCUGGGCGUAUCUACUACCCCCGCACCAUGAAAACACAGUACCUGCGCGAGUACCUACGACUGCCCAGCGUUCAACAGAACAUUCGCGCUCGGCACAUGCAGAAAGCGUUAUCCUUAUCGACUGGAAAGCGUAUCUACGAUGAUUCGGCAGAGACAGUUGAAGAACUCGAGCAGACCCCAGCAGGCACACUUAACGUAGAGGUAAACACUGCCGAGAGCGCGGUACAAGGGCAUACGAUUGAGCCACACUUCUCAACGAGGAGCGCCCCAUCGGAAGUUGCGUGGCCGGAAGGAGUGCAGAAGCUGCGGAGGUGUAUUUACGCCAAAGACCUUAAGAAUGUGACACUACUUUUUCCGGACAUUGGCAAGAUGGACGCGUGCCGGUGCUCCCAUGACUGCUUCCGGGAUACAUGCAAGAAUGCUACCACCGACAUUUUCUGCUCCAAGAGCAUCGGCGCGCUAAUCGGUCGUUGCUCUAACACGGCCUACGAGUAUGGCGGUGUGGAGCUGAUGCAGUGUGAAUACGGAAUCGGUGUGCGAGCUACAGAAUUUAUACCGGUCGACGCAGUGAUCGGCGAGUUCGUUGGUGAACUCACUCUGCAUGACUUCGAAGCAGAUAUGGAAAUAGCAGAGUACGCGUUGGAGUUGCAAACGACGGCGAGUACGACGAAGAUCAGGAAGAAGCGCACUGUUUACAUCGACGCAGCCAAGGCUGGUAGCAUCACCAGGUUUAUCAACCAUUCCUGCGAAGCAAAGUGCAAGUUUGUUGAAGUUCGGAACGGACGACGCGUGAAGGUACUGGUAAUUGUAGAAAACCCAUUCACCCUGGAGAAGAACUUACAGUGA